CAAUUUUGUUACAGGUCCGAAUAUAUGGAAUAGUUUCACUGGUUUGAAAUUCGCAGGGAAAAGUUUGAGUGCAAGUAGUUGGUUAAGGUAUCUGGACUCAGAUAGCUGUUCAGAUACUUUCCGGUCUACCCAACUGACUGUAAUUUAAUGAAUGUAAGGCUGCACCCACGUGGUUUGACCGUGGAGACUGCAGAUUCUUUUGUUCAAAAUCAAUCAAAAAACGAGGAAGACGGACAGACACGAGAGAAGCAUCAGAAUCAGGAAACCAGUCGGUCGUUUACCAUCUUCCAACUUUAUUUACGGCAUCAUAAAGUUUACUUUAACUUUUUAGUUAACUUAUUAGCUAGAAUCCCUAUUACAGAGGAGAAAAAAACUUUUUCAUCAGCAUAUUGCGUUCAAGAAAAUCUAAGCUGAAAUGCCCCGCAAGAAGGUGACCGAUGUCUCAGGGAACGGAGGAACAAAGAGGAAGAGAGCAGGAGGCCGUAAGAAAGACAGGGAGUUCAGCAGUGAUGAUGAGUUUGAUGACUACGACCAGGAGAACACAAAGAAACCAGGCAGGACUGUCUCCAAGUCGGGCCUGCAACCAGUCACUGUGGCCGACGACGUAAAAGAAAAGAUUAACCUCGAACUUCCCAAAGUCAAAGGUCAGCUGGUCAUUUUUGGAGCCACCAACUGGGACCUGAUUGGAAGAAAGGAGGUGCCAAAAGCGCAAGCUGCUUACAGGCACCUGGGCCAGAACCUGUGGGGGCCCCAUCGCUAUGGAUGUCUGAAUGAUGUGCAGGUCAGCUGUGUCGUGGCGGGGCCCUGCGCGGCUCACAGCCUCCUCAUCACCACAGAGGGAAAACUGUGGAGCUGGGGUCGUAAUGAGAAAGGCCAGCUGGGACAUGGGGACACCAAACGCUUGGACUCUCCCAAACUGGUGGAGGCUCUCGCCAAGGAGGUGAUCGUAGCUGCCGCCUGUGGACGAAACCACACUCUGGCUCUUACAGAAAAUGGUUCGUGCUACUCGUUUGGAGAGAACAAGCUCGGACAACUCGGUCAGGGCAGUCAGACCGAUGCAGUUCUCAGCCCAGCCCCAGUGCAGUACAAUGGGCAGCCCCUGGUCAAAGUGGCAUGUGGGGCAGAGUUCAGCAUGGUUGUGGACUGCAAGGGCAACCUCUACUCCUUCGGAUGCCCUGAGUAUGGCCAGUUAGGGCACAAUUCAGAUGGUAAGUUCAUUGCUCGUGCUCAGCGCAUCGAGUUUGACUGUGAGCUCAUCGCUCGGCGGGUAGCCAUCUUCAUUGAGAAGACAAAGGACGGGCAGGUGCUGCCUGUGCCCAACGUUGUAAUUCGGGACGUAGUCUGUGGUUCCAAUCACACCCUGGUGUUGGACUCCCAGAAGCGAGUGUUCUCCUGGGGCUUCGGAGGCUACGGACGCCUGGGACACACAGAGCAGAAGGAUGAGAUGGUGCCACGUUUAGUCAAGCUCUUUGACUUCCCAGGCCGUGGGGCCGCUCAGAUAUUCAGCGGAUAUCAGUGUUCCUUUGCUGUUAGUGAGAUGGGGGGUCUCUUUUUCUGGGGAGUGACCAACACCUCUCGAGAGUCCACCAUGUACCCCAAAGCUGUGCAGGACCUGUGUGGCUGGAAGAUCCGCACCCUCGCCUGCGGGAAGAGCAGCAUAGUCAUCGCUGCCGAUGAAAGCACCAUUAGUUGGGGUCCCUCCCCCACCUUUGGAGAACUGGGAUAUGGAGACAACAAGCCCAAGUCUUCCACCACAGCCCAGGAGGUGAAAACCAUGGAUGGGGUAUACUCAGAACAGGUGGUGAUGGGCUACGCACACACCUUAAUAAUCGCCCGCCAGGAGUCCGAGCAGGAAAAAGAGAAGCUGAAGAAGCUGCCAGAGUACAACCCCCGCAUGCUCUGAAUGAGGUGGACACCCUCAACCUCAAUUUUGUGUCUUCUUUUUGUUUUGGUUCUUCUCUCCCCCAGAAGCAGUUGAUUCUGACCAAAGGGCCAGCAGCCCCAGGUCACUUGUAUAGUUAAUAAUUGGGUCGGUACAGGGAGGGAGGGUUAUUUGUUAGGACAUCAGUUACAAAACUUUGGCAACAAAAAGUUAGAUUUCCGCUUCAGUCUGACUCAAAUCUGGAGAAAGCAAUGCUGCAAUAAGUGGUAUGAAAUAUACUGGACAUCAUGUAUCGGAGGUGUUUUUUUCCUACCAGCAUUCGUGUGUGUGUAAAGCCGCUGGCUACCGCUGGGAAAUCCAGCCGGUUCCCUCCAAACGCUUAAUACUCUCAGUGGAUCCCCCCCUUUUUAUUCCCUUCUUCUACAUUCCUAAUAGAAUUCCAAACACAGCAUUCUAGUUUUUGUCGUCCUCUGUUUUUGGUCCUUUACCGUCACGUGUAGUCUUGAACGUUUUUGAAUUUUGAAUCGGUGUCUCCCUUUUUCAAACACACGGUGCUACAUUGUAAAGACAGUCACGAGGCAAAAAGUCCUCAGCUGGGAUCACUCAAAAGACCAACACUCCAUAUUUGUGCCUUUUAUGUGAUGUAUUUAAGGGUAUGGCUGUUUGUGUUGUCCCAAAGACACAAUGUUUUACUAAAGGUGAAAUAAAUUCAGUUGGCAAUGAUGGUUUGUUGGUUAUUUAUUUGUUUUCCUGUGCUUCGAAACAUUGUCCCUGUGUCUUGUCGAUCAGUUUGUGCAAUCUGGGUGAAGGCUUGAUUUGACACCUUUGUCUAUCCCCCCCCAACUCUGUCUGAACUGGGUUUGAACUCUCAUUGCUCAGUUAUUUAACACCUGUUAUUUAAGUGCUUUGUUUGAGGUUGCAGUUGAUGGUGAUGGCCAAUGAACGAAUAUUCUGAAAAAAUCCAGGGAUAAAGUACAGUUUUACUGUUAGCUUCCAUUAAAUUGUUAUUCAUUUGUGUAUGUCCUGGGGUUAUUACAGUAUGUUUAUUCCUUUUUCAAUUUGUAAAACAUCUUGUUUUUCAUGAAAAUGUCAAAUAAAGAUUAAUGUAAAUUGCUUACA